AUAUUUAUAGCGUUGAAAAUAUUUUUCAGUAUAAAAGAUUGUGUAAAAAUUAUGUUGGUUUAAUUACAACUGAGAAAUUACAAAAUGGAAGCUCCAAAACCUGCAAAGAAACUUAUCAGUCACGAUAAUGAUGCAUUUGAGCUAGAACCUUUUGAACCUGAAAAUGUUGAGCACAGCUUACCUGGCAGUGUUGUAGAUCUACAAAGCACACCUGUAUCUGCUGUACCAAUGAAAACAGAAACAUCCUUAUCCGGUUCUGAUGACCAGCUGGUAGAAAUUCCAAAGCUUAAAACAUAUAUGAAAGGUAAAGGAAAGUCUGGACCCAAAGCAAUGCUUAGUCGAGCUUUGCAGCAGAACAAAGUACUUCCCAUAAGUCCUGAUGUUGGUGAAAUGGAAAGGCCAUCCAGUGCACCAGAGCGCCACCGAAAACCACCACCCCCUAUUUUGGUUCAGUCGAAGCGACCCAACACGGCAUCGUUUGCUCCAAGACCCUUUUCCCUGCCUUUGAGGCAAGAUUCUUCACCGAAGCUACCAGCAAACAUUGAGGUUCAACCAGAAGAACCACGUGAGCUAUCGACAAGCCAAAGUAUGAGGUCAAGGAAAAAUGAACUGGCAACACCAGCCGUAAAUGAGACUGCGUAUAUUCCGUACGAAUAUGCACAGAGAAUGAUUGGCAGGAUUGUUGAUGAUAUGAAAGACAUGAAGACAACUCACCUGUCAAUUCUUGCACGGAUGGAGGAUCAGUAUCAGUGCAUUGAAAAAGAGACGCAGUUGCAGUUUGAUGAAUUUGUAAGUUCCAUGCAGGGUUCAAACAGAGGAAAAGUGAAUAACUAUCUUCGUAUCAUUAACCUCUUGCGCAUUGAGUUGGCAAAGACUCAGGGUCAAAGCAGUGAUGCACUGAAGAGUUUGCAGCUAAAGAACAAAGAUUUGCUUAAGCAGAAACAUGAUUAUUUGAAGGCACGAAAGGAUUCGGUUACUGCAGAGUCAACAAAACCAAAGCCAGUGGCUGCUGUGCCACAAGUUGUGGAACAUGUUGCUGAAGACAAGAUAUCUAAGGAUAUUCAACAAACUGAGAAGGAAGAGAAAGAUGAAAGUGAUCAGGAAGAGGGACAUGUUGUUGUUGUUCCUGUGCUUGCAAAAGCAGAACCACGAGGAACAAAAGAGUCGGGAGAUUUGGAAGAUCAAGUUGAAGAUGCCACUCAAAAUAUCGAUCAACAGAAAGAAACCGAUGCUGUUGUUGAUAUAGUCAGUGAUGGUGGAUCUGUGGAGGAGAGGGAGGAAGUAGGAGAUGAUCUGAGUGAUAAGGAAGAUGAUGCUCAGGAGGAAGUAGGAGAUGAUCUAAGUGAUAAGGAAGAUGAUGCUCAGGAGGAAGGGCUGCUGGAUCAUGACGAUAAAGUUGAUGAUGUUGUGGUUGAUGGAGUGAUUGUUCCAGUACCUGUAAAGAAAGGGAUCUUGUCCAGUGGAAAGAAGGACAAGCAGCAGAAACAGGCUCAGAAGUCGCCUUCGAAACGUGUCAAGCCACAGGACCAACCAGUUCAUGCUGCACCUGUUCCUGUAUCAUCUGAUAGGGAAAAGAAGAAAUUAGAAAAGCAGUUGAAAGACUUGGAGAAGAAAUUGGCAAUGAAGACAAAGAUUGCAGAGCGAGAUCAAAAAGUUGCAACGGAUGCAAAGCAGGAGCUUCAAGCUGCAACCAAAGAGGUAACUGAGCUAAAGAAAAAGAUCACUCUGUUGGAAAAGGAGUAUCAAAGCUUACAUGAAGCAGCGGGAGCUGGUGCCAUUGCGCUGCAGAAGUUGCCAGAGUUGAAAGAGGAAAUUAAAAGCUUAUCAUCUCAAAACCAAACUUUGGUUGAUAACUACAACACUGAGAGGGUUUUGAGGAAGAAGUAUUACAACAUGGUUGAGGAUAUGAAAGGUCGCAUUCGUGUUUAUUGCAGAGUGCGACCACUCAGCAAAACAGAGAAAUCUAAUAAUAAUACAAAUGUCAUUCAAUCUCCAGAUGAUUACACAAUCAAAGUUGCAGCAAAGAAGGGCGAAAAAGAAUUCCAGUUCGACCAGAUUUUUACUCCAGACCACAGUCAAGCAGAUGUGUUUGAAGACACCAACAAUUUAGUGCAAUCAGCUAUUGAUGGUUAUAACGUGUGCAUCUUUGCCUACGGACAAACUGGUUCUGGUAAAACAUACACGAUGAUUGGAGACUCGGACCAAACACAACCUGGUAUUGCACCAAGAGCCUUCGAAAGAAUAUUUAGUCUCAUCAAAGAAAAUAGCCAGAAGUUUUCUUUCUCUGUUUCUUGUUACAUGAUGGAGUUGUACAACGACAAGUUAAUAGAUCUGCUGGUUACUUCAGGUGGUGGCGACUCUGCAAAGCUUGAUAUUAAGAAGGAUAAGCGGGGCAUGGUGUUUAUACAAGGAGCUGUUGUCAAUCAGGCAGAGAAUCCUGCUGAACUACAAACGAUUUUCACCAAAGGUUCUGCAAACCGUCACAUCGCCUCUACUAAGAUGAAUGCUGAGAGUUCACGCUCCCAUCUCGUUAUUGGUGUAGUGAUAGAAAGCACCAAUCUCACCUCAGGGGCCAUCACUCGUGGAAAACUCAGCUUGGUUGAUCUUGCUGGCAGUGAGAGGGUUGGAAAAACAGGAGCAACUGCUGAUCAGUUGAAGGAAGCCAACUCAAUCAAUAAAUCACUGUCUGCUCUAGGUGAUGUUAUUUCUGCUCUCUCCAGCGAGCAAUCUUUUAUCCCUUACAGGAACAAUAAGCUUACAAUGAUGAUGCAAGAUUCCUUAGGAGGCAAUGCAAAGACCCUCAUGUUUGUGAACAUCUCCCCAGCUAACUACAAUUCUGAGGAAUCAGUGACUUCACUGACAUAUGCGGCACGUGUAAAACUCAUCACCAAUGAUGCUUCAAAGAAUGCUGAAACAAAAGAAGUGGCUCGACUUAAACAAGUAAUUGCUAAAUUGAAGGCAGGGGAAGAUAUUGAUGAUUUAGAUUACUAAAGACAUUUUGUGCAUAUUUGGUGAAAAAGUCUAAUGUAAUAGUAAUAGACUACUAGUAGUAUAAUUUUUAUAAUUUGGUAUACAAUUGAAUUCCCGUAGAAUUUUAGCCUUAUAUCAUGCAGUGCACUUAACUUGUCUUUUCAUAUUUCAUUACACUGUACAAUAAACCACUCAGUAAUUUUGUAAAGUAGCAUAUCGUUUUUUAAUAUGUUUUUAGGU